ACUCUUCUUCUUCUUCAGGAAGGUACAUGCUUCCAGUAAUCUCCUCUUGUCCCUCCUCGGGGAAUCUCUUCCCCUUCUUCUCUCUCACUCCUUUCCUUCGCCAUGGCCAAACCUCAUGCUUCUCCUUUCCUCCAUCACCAUUACCACAAGGUCUUGCUCUUCUCUCGUCCCUCCUCCUCCUCUUGUUUCCAUCCCAACAAGCCUCUUCUCUAUCUCCCCUCUUCUUUGGAGUUUCCGCUCAGGGACCGGAAAUGUUCUUACCAGGUGACACGCGUGACGACGGCGCCGGUGGAGCGCGCCGCUCCGACUCCUCCGGAACCCGACGAUUUCCUGUCGGAGAUCGCUCGGCUAAAAGCUCUCCGCUCGAAACUAGCCGUUUCGAGGGAAAUGCAGCACAAGGAUGCCGUCGUCAACGCCGAUCCCAGAGUCCAUCGAUUCUUCACCGAGAAUCGCGGCGGUUUCGCUGAGGUUUUGGGUUCGAUUGGAUUGACUUCGAGCGAGAUGUUCGUUGUCAAAUGUUUGGUCGCGGCGGGACAAGAACACGCGUUCUCUCUAGGGUACGAGGAAGCGUUUGUGGAAAGGGAGGAGUCCUCGGCUAGAAGUUCGAUGAAGAACGCGCUUUACGCGUUGGUGGAGAUGAUAGAAAGAUUCGACGUUAACAGCAAUGACGUCGAAGGUAGAAGAGAACAUGGUUUGGCGCUAAGUGCCGAGGAGGUUGGUCACUUGAGGAAGUUCUUGAAGUUUCUUGAAGAAAUUGAACAGUUCUAUGACUGCAUUGGAGGAAUUAUCGGAUAUCAGAUUAUGGUUCUGGAACUCCUUCAACAAGCGACUAGGAGGCAGAUUACUAAUCGAUCACAUUUUGUGGAAGAAUCUUUGGAUGGGCAGUAUUUAGAAAUACACCUUCCUAACGUCCUUGACCUUACCCAGAAGAAAGAGUAUGCUUCUCAGGCGGCACUUUGGGGAAUUGAGGGAUUGCCAGACUUGGGUGAAAUAUAUCCACUAGGAGGUGCAGCAGACAGACUAGGCUUGGUUGAUCCAGAAACAGGUGAAUGCCUUCCUGCGGCAUUGCUUAAUUAUUGUGGGCAGACUUUGUUAGAGGGCCUUAUCAGAGGUCUUCUGGCUAGAGAGUUCCUCUACUUCAAACUUUUUGGAAAGCAAUGCAUCACGCCAGUUGCAAUUAUGACAAGUCCUGCAAAGAACAACCAUGAACAUGUAACUUCGCUUUGUAGAAGGCUCGGAUGGUUUGGAAGAGGUCAAUCAAAUUUCCUACUCUUUGAACAGCCUCUCGUCCCAGCUGUCAGAGCUGACGAUGGUAAAUGGAUAAUAUCAGAGCCAUUUGUGCCGGUUAGCAAACCUGGUGGCCAUGGAGUCAUUUGGAAAUUGGCUUAUGACAAAGGUGUUUUUGAUUGGUUUUAUGCUCAUGGAAGAAAAGGAGCAACUGUUCGACAAGUUAGUAACGUUGUGGCUGCCACAGAUUUGACCCUCUUGGCACUGGCUGGGAUUGGAUUACGGCACCAAAAGAAACUUGGUUUUGCAUCCUGUAAAAGGAAUUCUGGAGCAACUGAAGGAAUUAAUGUGUUGAUGGAGAAGAAGAAUUUAGAUGGGAAGUGGGAAUAUGGUAUAUCAUGCAUUGAGUAUACUGAGUUUGAUAAAUUUGGAAUCUCCGGCAAACCAUUGUCUUCAAAUGGUUUGCAGGCUGAUUUCCCUGCCAACACAAACAUUCUAUAUGUGGACUUACUUUCCGCCGAAUUAGUUGGAGCAAGAAAUAAUGCAAAAAGUUUGCCGAAUAUGGUUCUUAAUACAAAGAAGCAAAUUGAGUAUGUCAAUCAGUAUGGAGAUUUCCAAAGUGUUUCCGGGGGUAGACUGGAAUGUACGAUGCAAAAUAUUGCGGAUUACUUUUCUAAUGCAUUUUCAUCUAGAUGCUAUGACAGUAUAGAAGACAAGCUGGAUACAUUUAUCGUGUAUAAUGAAAGAAGACGGGUCACAUCAUCAGCCAAGAAGAAGAGAAAGAACGCAAGUGCUGAACUACACCAGACUCCAGAUGGUGCAUUGUUGGAUGUUCUCCGGAAUGCGUAUGACCUCCUUACACAAUGUGAUAUCGAACUUCCCAAGAUUGGGGAUAAUGAUAAAUAUGUGGAUUCCCCACCUCCAUAUCUUAUAUUUCUGCAUCCCGCUCUUGGUCCUCUUUGGGAAGUUUCCAGACAGAAAUUUAGUGGAGGGUCAAUUUCCAAGUGCUCAGAACUGCAACUAGAAAUUGCAGAGUUCUCAUGGAGCAAUGUUGAGGUCGAUGGUAGUCUGAUCAUCAGAGCCGAAAAUGCUAUGGGCUCGACAAGAAUCGACGAAAAUGAAGAACCGAUAUUACAAUAUGGGCAGAGGUGUGGGAAAUGUAAGUUGCACAAUGUCAAGGUAGUGAACAGAGGAAUCGACUGGAAUUGUGAGGCAAACGUGUAUUGGAAACAUGAGGUGUGUCGGCUUGAGACAUGUAAAAUUGUAUUGCAUGGAAAUGCCGAAUUUGAAGCUGUCAAUGUGACCAUACAGGGAGGUCAUGUUUUUGAAGUCCCCGACAGCCACAGACUGAAGAUAACACCAGGAAAUUCAGGACUAAACAUAGACUUGGAACCCAUCAAGCAAGAGCUGAUGGAGACAGGAACCUGGUACUGGAAAUACCAACUGAAAGGAACCCACGUCCAGAUUGAACAAGCAGAGCCUUCAUAUUUCAUUCAGACAAGAACUUAACCCCCACCCCUAAACCCUAAAGGUAAAAAAAACCUCAUUACUCUCAUCUUUGCCAAUCUCCCACUAUGAUUGAUUGAUUGAUUGAUUGAUUGUGUUUAUAGAUAGAGAUAUCUUUGGUUAAACUCAAGUUUAACCUAGAUUUCUAAUAAUCUUUUGUAACAUAGAUAGAUUGAUAGAUAAAUAGAUUGAUAGAUAGAUAGAUAGUUACCAUCACAUUCCUUACCCCCUUAAUCACCUGUAACGUUACAGAAAAAAGAAAGAAAAAUAAUGUUUCUAUU